UUAUUUUCUAUGCUGUCAUAAGUGAUUAUUUCAAAUUUUUUUAUACCUAUUUGUUCAUUUUUAACAAAAUAGUUUGAAUACCUGUUCUUUGAAAUUAAUCUCUUUCUAACAAAAUUACUGAUUGACGGAUUCACUAUUCUUCUGUGGCAGACGACCGUUCUAGUUAUUUAUACAUAGCAUCAAGUAGAAUUUUAGAUAAAAAUAUAGAAUUUUAAAUGUUAAACCAUAAACUUUCAAUGUUGUCUCAGAUGAAAAACAAUUCUAUUAUGUUACUGCAAAAUGGUUGUAGUAAAAAAGAUAUGAUUAAAAAUAAUGAAAGGAUGAAUGGCGAUACUAACAAAAUAUCCCGUUUACCUAAACCUAAAGUAGUGUUAUAUCCUCCUGAACGUGUACAACUAGGUUGGCAAGAUAAAAAAAUGUCAGUUGGUUCUGGAUUAGAUAAUCCUGGUGUAAUAUGUUACAUCAAUUCUACAUUACAAGCGCUAUUUCAUAUUCCUGCAUUUACAAAUUGGCUAAUGAAUAAUGAACAUCAAAAAACAUGUCAACAAAAAAGAUUUCAAAAAGAUUGUAUCAUAUGUAUGGUCUGUAAUACAUUUACACUAUCUCAAAAACACACUGGUUCUAGCUUCAAAGCAUCAAUCAUUACUAAUCGCCUAUCUUUAAUAUGUAAACAUUUGUCAACAUAUCGUCAAGAGGAUGCCCAUGAGUUCCUUCGUUACCUUAUUGAAAGUAUGGAACGGUGCUAUUUGUCCGCUUUAGGACAUGCUGCUAAAUCUCUAGACAAUUAUUCUAAAGAAACUACACCUAUUAACCAAAUUUUUGGUGGUUAUAUCCGCACUGAAGUAACGUGUGGUAAAUGUGGACACAUAUCAACUACAUUUCAACAUUUCCAAGAUCUCAUACUUGAUAUCAAGCAAUCUGAUAACGUUAAUGACGCUUUAGACAAUUAUUUUGAAAAAGAACCAUUAGAUGAAUCGUAUGUUUGUGAAAGAUGUCGACGACAAUUUGCUGCCGAUAAAAAGUUCUCCAUUGAAAGAGCACCAAAUGUAUUAUGCAUUCAGUUGAAAAGGUACAGUGUUGGUAUGGGAGGAUUUAGUGGAAAUAAAAACAGUAAAGCUAUUCACAUAAAUGAACGAUUAGAUUUAUCUAGUUAUCAAUUUGAUCAUCAUAAUUUAAAAACUGAUGCUCGGCCAUUAAGGUAUCAUCUGGUAUCGAUGGUAAUUCAUUAUGGUUCAAGUUUAAAUAGUGGACAUUACACAGCUCUUGGUCUAACACCCUCUGGAUCAUAUUACUAUUUUAAUGAUUCAAAUGUUUAUCAAACAAAUUUCAAAAAUUAUUCAACAAGUAAUGAUUCCUAUAUAAUAUUUUAUGAAUUGGAACCAUCAGGAAAUACAAAUACAAAUAUAGAAAGUAAAACAUCAACUGUAACAUCUACUUCAUCUUGUAAACCAUCUAUAAAUGGCUAUUUUUCAAACAAGAGUAAUGGAGUUACAAAGCCGUUGAAUGGUAUUACAAAACCAUUGAAUGAUUUAAACAAUAUUAAAAAAAAAAUUAUCAAAGACAAAAAAAGUCAAAUAUAUGAUAAAUGGGAUUCAAAAAUAAAAAUGUUAAAACAAGGGCAAACAAAAGAGAAAUCACUAACUGAGAACACGUGUAACGUGUAUAAUAAAACAAUAAAACCUUCAACUAAUGGAAUCAAAUUAUCAUUAAAUUAUAAUAGUUUAGUACCUUAUCUAGAUUCCGAUGAGUAUGGUAGUGAUGAUGAGAAUAGUUCAUUAUCUAGGGUAGAUAAUGUUUCUUCUCCCGUGAUAUUAGGAAAAAUCAAACACUCGGUAGUCCAAAGAGUUCACGAUAAAAAUCCUUUAGUCAUGAGACCAAAAGAAGAUCCUAAUGAAGUUGAUACAGACACACCACCUAAAAAAUUUUUGAUAUUAAAACCACCUAAUGAUGAUUCUCCUAUCGAACGAGAGAAAGAAAUUAUGCCGGCAAAAAAAUAUUUAGUAUUGAAGCCUAAAGAUGAAGAACCAUUAGAUGUUAAACCUGAACCCGAACCUAUCAAAAAAUGUUUAGUUCGAAUUCUAAAAGAUGAUACUGAAACAAAUACCAUUAAGGUAUCUCAUUCAACUGGAGUUAAAGAUUCAGAAAAGAAAAACCGUAAGCGUGAAAAUGGAAUUUUGGAAUUGGACAGUAAUAAAAAAGCUCGUCUUGAUCACUGUUAUAAUAUUAAUUUUAGUUAUAUGUAGAGCAGAGGGUGGCGGCACUACACACUUGUAGAAGGGACAGGGUAAGUGGGAAUGGUCAAGUCUGAAGUCAGUUCAGUUCAUAGAAUAUACAUUAUAGUUAUAUUAGAAUAUAGUUCAGUUUGUGCCGUGACGUCCGGUUGUUAUAUGUGAUUCCGGUGUGUAAUGUUAUAUUAAUUGUAAGUGUGUCGCCGUUGCCCU